AUGUUGAGCUUGGAAAGGAAUGUACAGUUAUGUAAGAGAAACUCUUACGAUUAUGUGGCGCUUUGUCCUCACCGUUGUUCUCUCAACAUUUCCAAAAGGGAUCCUUUUGCCAUCCACCGGCAGCACAUGAACCGCAUGCUUUCAGGAAGUUUUGGGUUUGGCCCUCUGCUUGGCAUCACUGAUGGGACCACACCUGGGGCUCGCCAGGCUGGCCGUAGGAUGCAGGCAGGAGCUGUUUCACCCUUUGGGAUGCUCGGCAUGGCAGGUGGCUUUAUAGAUAUGUUUGGGAUGAUGAACGACAUGAUUGGAAACAUGGAGCAUAUGACAAGUGGUGCUAACUGCCAGACAUUUACCUCUUCAACUGUCAUCUCCUAUUCCAACCUGGGUGAUGGGCCCAAAGUCUAUCAGGAGACCUCGGAGAUGCGUUCAGCACCUGGUGGGAUCCGUGAGACUAGACGAACCGUAAGGGACUCGGACAGUGGCUUGGAACAAAUGUCUAUUGGACACCACAUCAGGGAGAGGGCCCACAUCAUGCAGCGGUCCCGGAACCAUCGCACAGGCGACCAGGAGGAGAGGCAGGACUACAUCAACAUGGAUGAAAGUGAUGCAGCCGCAUUUGACGAUGAGUGGAGGCGAGAGACAUCCCGUUUCCGGCCGCAGCGGGGGCUGGAUUACCGGCGCCACGAGGGCAGCGCCGGCCGUCGUGCUGAGGGGACUCGUCUUGCCAUCCAGGGCCCUGAGGAUUCUCCCUCCAGACAGUCCCGUCGGUAUGACUGGUGAACUUGGAGCAGACCUUGUGGGGGGUGCAGCGUGGCCACCCCCAAAUCUACCUACGCGCUCUUGUACAGACAGUGAAACUCUGAAGCCCCUUCAAAGCACCACUUGGACCCUCCUCAGAUUUAGUAUUAACCUCCCUCCCACUUAAGAAUUGAAACAAAGCAACUAAUCUUCUGCAUUGCUCUUUUUUUUGCCCCAUUUGGGUGCUGCAGUGGGGCAUGGGGAAUCUCACUGAUGUGCAAGGAACACAUGAAUUGCCCAUUCCCCUUCUGCUGUCCCUUGGCUCUGUUCUUUCUGCCAGUAGUGGUGGGCAUGAGGAGCUGCCACAUUGCCUCUUCCAUCCUUUCUACUCUCUCUGUGCUGGGCUGGUCUGGUUCUGAAGUUUGUGUUUAGUCCCCUGUGAAAGGAGUAUGAGGGAAUUCUGCUAGACCCCCCUGUCGGUCCCAUGACUGGGACAGAGGCUUCGAUUCCCCUCCUGCUCCUUGGUGCAUCUGUGGAGAAGCAGAAGGAUGUGUGGGUUAGAGAAGGGAGGAGCAGAGCAAAAGCUGGAUCAGCCUAUGGGCCCCCUCACCCCUCUUCAAUCAGCUCCCCCACUUUUUUAAUUUGUGAAACUUGUAACUAGAUGUUUACUGAAUAAAGAAACAAACUAAAGAA